CCCAUCAUCAGCUCUCCCCUUCCCCCUUCCCAUCAUGGCUACCUCUAUGGACCAGUCCACUCUUCUAGAAGACGAGCUCACCUGUCCCGUGUGCUUGGACCUGUUCCAAGACCCCCACCUGCUGCCCUGCGGCCACAAUUUCUGCCUGCUGUGCGUCCGCCGGCUCAAACGCCAAGCGGAGCGAGGCCGCUUCCGUUGCCCCGAGUGCCGAGAGAGCCACCGCUGCUCCACGGUCUCCCAGAAGAACUUUAAGCUCGCCAACAUCGCAGACGACUUCCGCUGCAGGGGACGGGCAGUAUCAUCAAGACAACAACAACCAGACGGCAGCCCGACAACAGCUAAGACCCCCGUGUCCGUGCCGUGUGACUACUGCUCUCCAGGGGACACUAGCGAGGCGGGGAAAGGGGAACCUGGGCCUGGAGUGGUGGUAGAGGUAGCGGUCAAGACGUGUCUGAAAUGCGAGGUGUCCAUGUGUCAGGAGCAUGUGAAGCCCCACCUGGAGCUGCCUGCGUUUAGGGAGCACCCCCUGACUGAACCCCUGGGGGACCUGAGGAAGAGGAAGUGUCCUGAACACGAUGAGAUGUACCGCUACUACUGCAUGGACGACCGGGUGUGUGUCUGCAACGCCUGUACCAUCGAGGGGGGCCACGCGGGACACACCAUCAAGACCCUGAAGAACACUAUGAAGGAUCUGAAGGGCUCUCUGGAGAACCAGCUACAGAAGGUGGACAGGAAGCUGAACAAAGCAGAGAAAAAUCUCCAGGAGCAAAAGGAACAAGAACGACUGAACAAGAGGUUCCUGGAGGACUCAGACCAAGGGGUCACAGCCUUGGGAGAGGUGUUACAGGUCCACCUGGAGGGCUUCCUCACCUCCCUCAGGGACUGUUCCUGCUCCCACGGGGUCGAGUGUGGCCCCAGCAUCCAGCGGAACAUAGCCAAGGCGGUCCAGGACCAGUCCCGUCUGCAGGAUGUCCACAGUGGCAUCCAGACCCUCGCCCAGGAGAACGACCCCUUCCGCUUCCUAGAGGCAUACAAGUCAUCAAGCAAAAAUUUCUGCAGGCAGUUGAAGAAGCCUCUGUUCCACCCAGAAUGCGCUUGCGUGGACUCAGACGGCCUGGCCGAGUCUAUGGAGGCUAAACAGGAAGACUUCCUCACUGAAGUACACUCUCACGUCUCUCACCUCAUUAACGAGCUCUGUCCCGUAGUCCGGGAAGAGGAGGACAGCGGAGGAGAGGAGGAGGAUGAAGAUGAUGACGACAGCAGUGAUGGCGAUGAGCAAGAAGAAGCUGAGGAGGAGAUGCGGAGUGAGGAAGAGGAGGCUGUACAUGACCAGAGUGAGUCAGCAGACGAACUUUACAUUCCCGAAGGGCAGGAAGACGAGGAGGAAGAAGAAGAGGAGGAGGAGGAAGAAGAAGAGGAGAUUCAUUCAGACUGAUGAAAUGACUUCCAUUUAAGUCUGAUUUUCAGUCAAAAAGUCAUGCAUUGAUGCAGUGGGAGAAUGUGUGAAAAGGCUACUUUGGAUUUUUCCAUAAAUUACCAAAAUAACUAUUUUGGGAAACAUUUUAAAUAUUAUACAUCAAUCUUUAGAAGAUGAGCUGUUUGAGUGUAUCCCAAAUGGCACCCUAUUUCUUAUACAGGGCACUACUUUCGACCAGGGCCCUAUAUAGGCAAUAGGGUGUCAUUUGGAACAGAGACUAUUUAUUUUUUUGUUCAAGAUUAUACUGUAAUAACUAAACACUUGAAACUGGGCUUCUCAUUCUAACCUCAUAUGUUCUUUUUUUGACUAAAGCACUCUAUGUGCCCAACCUCUCUUUUGUAGACCUGGGUUCAAAUAGUAUUUGAUAUAUUAUUAUUUUUAUUUUUUUCAAAUACUUUUCUGCAUUUGCUUUGUAAUGUAAUAUAGUUUUGGAUCUGUUAUAUUGCUUCCAUUAAGUCAGGCAAGCUUGAUCAAGCACUGCUAGAAGUAUUUGUAAUAAUUUCACCUAGUAUUUGAACCCAGGUGCGGGCUGUAUUAUACAUCCAGUGAAAGCCACAUCUUAAGUCUUUUUUUUGAUUCUCAGGAAGAUGUAUUACAAGGUGUUUAUUAUUUGAUGGCACUUUGAUAAAUAAUUAUACAUAAUAUAAAUAAUUGAAAGGUAUUGCACUGACCACUUGCAGAAAUGUCCUGCAAGGGAUUUUUUUUUAAAUCUGAAAAAUCUAUAAUAUCUUGGGGGGAUUUUCAUACUGGUGAUUUUGAAUGUGGUAAAAUUGUCAUUCUAUCCAGCCAAUAAA